CCUAACCUAAUACUCAGAGAUUGAAUUGAGACUCUGCUCAAUAUUCUUGUCAGUGUUCGUUGUCUCUGCUGCGCUGGGCUUUUUUCUUUUUAGUGGAUGGUUUUUUCCCCCUUAUUCUUUUAUAUAAAUACACCCACACACACACUGUUCUUUGAAAUUUUCUCUCUUUCAGUCUUUCUUAUUGGUAUUGUCUCUUCUCUCUGGCUUCCGCUGGUUUCAAGUUCAAGGAAAUCAAACAAUGGUGACUAGCAAUGAUGGUGGAGGAGGAGGGCUCAAGAAGAGGAGGAUGUGUGGAUGGAGCAAACAAGAUUUCUUGCCAGAGGAGUCAUUCAAGAGCUGGGGAAACUAUGUCAAUGCAUUGUCCAGCACAAAAACUCGACUCAAGGACCGUCUCCUGGCACGGUCUUCCGACAGUCUAGAGCUCCAGAAUGUCCGUGCUCGUAGCCAGCAUGAGAUGAAAAAGGCUCUGAAUUGGUUGGACAUAAUGUGGUUUGGUAUAGGGGCUGUUAUGGGAGCAGGAAUUUUUGUUCUUACUGGAGAAGCUACCAAUAAGGAUGCUGGUCCUGCUGUCAUAAUUUCUUAUCUUAUAUCAGGUAUAUCUGCACUGCUGUCAGUUUUGUGCUAUGUCGAAUUCGCGAUUGAACUACCGGUCGCUGGAGUCUCGUUUGCCUAUCUUAGAGUGGAGCUUGGUGACUUUGUAGCUUAUAUUGCUGCUGGCAACAUUCUUUUUGAGUAUGUAGUUGCCGGUGCUAGUGUGGCUCGCUCUUGGACUUCUUACUUUGCCACUCUGUGCAAUCAUGAUCCGAAUGAUUUUCGAAUCAAUGUUUCAUCUUUCGGUGAAGAUUAUCGUCAUUUAGAUCCGAUCGCAGUUGCUGUGUCAAUCAUUAUUUGCUUUAUAGCCUGUCUGAGCAUAAAAGGGUCAUCGAGAUUCAACUCCAUUACAACUAUCAUACAUCUUCUGGUUGUAGUCUUCAUCUUCAUUGCAGGACUUACUAAGGCUAACCCUAAGAACAUCACAAACUUUGCUCCGUUCGGUGUUCGAGGUAUCAUGACAGCAACAGCUAAGCUCUUCUUUGCUUAUGUAGGAUUUGAUGGGAUAGCAACUCUAGGUGAGGAGAUCAAAAACCCAGGCAGAGAUAUCCCACUUGGGCUUGUUGGUUCCAUGUUAAUUAUAAUAGCUAGUUACUGCCUUCUUUCGGCUACAUUGGUCUUAAUGCAGCCUUACAGCCAGAUUGAUGUUGAUGCACCAUUCACAUUGGCAUUCCAAGCUGUGGGGUUGAACUGGGCCAAGUACAUUGUUGCUUUGGGUGCAUUGAAGGGCAUGACCACAAGUCUACUAGCCAACAUCAUCGGCCAAGCUCGGUACUUUACUCACAUUGGCCGCACCCACAUGGCACCACCCUUUCUAGCCACCAUCAAUGAGAAAACCGGGACACCGAUGAACGCCACCAUCGUUAUGACAGUUGUGAAUUGUGUUGUUGCUUUCUUCACAAGCCUUGAUGUUUUAGCCAACCUUGUUUCCAUCACAACCUUGUUUAUCUUCACACUUGUGGCCGUUGCUCUGCUCGUGAGGCGAUACUAUGCUACCGGUGAGACGUCGGCAACCAACCGAAACAAGUUUAUUGGGUUCAUGGUGCUGAUCACAGGGUCUUCUGUUGGUGUGUCUGUUUAUUGGGCAAGAAGCGGUAACGGAUGGGUUGGCUACACAGUGUUGGCACCAAUUUGGUUCUUGGCUACACUAGGACUACAAUUAACUGUGAAGCAAGCGAGGAAGGCGAAACAGUGGGGCGUGCCGUUGCUUCCAUGGCUGCCUUCUGCUAGCAUUGCCAUUAACAUAUUCAUUAUGGGUUCAUUUGAUCAUUCAUCAUAUGUGAGAUUUGGCAUCUGGACAUUGCUAUUGCUGGUUUACUAUUUGUUUGUAGCUUUACAUGCUUCCUAUGAUGCAGCAAAGGAGACUCAGAGGGAAGUGGAAGCAACUCAGAUUGAGACUCAACUGCCAAACAAUGCUGCUAUUUAAGGUCAACAUGUAUAUGCAUAGAUUCCAGAUUGGGAUUCUACUUCAUUAGAAUUUUUUUACAUAUAGAAACCAGUUGCCAACAAAAAUAUCUGAAGUUCCAAUUUUCAAAGUUAAUUUAAACUUCGUUGUAUCUCUUAAUGAAAAAUUGUAGUGACUCGUGGACGUAGUUUAUAUUGAGUGAACCACGUAUAACAGUGUAGAGUGUAGUGUGUUUC